ACGAAAGAAGAGAAAGAGAACAAAGAGAAAUGGCGAAGCUUGCUGCGAAGGAGGCUGGAAUGGGCAGCGACGAUGGAUCGUCCAGAAUAUCAAGGUCCCAUUCGAUCACGGAUAGCGAUACUUGUACUCAGGAUCGGAAGAACUCCUGGCAGAGCGCGGAGGAGUUACGCAAAUACAAAGACAACAACAGCCGCGAGAAACAGAACACCGUGUGGAAGCAUCAAAUGGACGAGCCGAAGUGUAAUAUUCAGAAGGAAAACAAAAUGAUGGGUGCCACGGGACAGCCGCCUAUAAUCACUCACACGGCAGCCACCCCCCAAGAUUCGCCUAACACCACUCUCGACGUCGGCUACAGAGACGUGAACUGUCGAGCUGUUUAUCCGACUGCGGCACUGUCGAUUGAAUCUAUCGAUCGAUCUGGCAGUCAGUGCAGCAUACCUUCAGGGUUGUUGAAGCUACCGGACGUUUCGAAUAAAAUACCGACUAAAAAUCUUAUAGCUGGACAAUUUUCUCAACGAAUAAGUCUUGUUACUGCUGUUGUUAAUCCUGCUACGAGAGAAUUGUCUAGCUCGAGUCCUCCAAGAAUACAGAGGGGAUACUCGUGGAAAUUAUCGCGGCCAUCUUUGAGAAGGAAGCGUUGGUCGCAGACAGAAGAUGAGGACCCAGGUCGAACCACUGUUUUAAAUAACGGUCGAAGUACUCUACUUGGUUCCAACUCAACCUUCAAUGGCGGUUAUUUGCAUGGUUCGAUAAGAAAUGAUACGCAGAGUGACACGCCAAAUAAUAGAACGACCGUCCUAACAAGCAAUACUCGUAGUCUCAGCCCCAAUAAUUCAAUUGAAAGUCGUAGUUCUUCUAUACGACGGUAUACUGCAACGCCUAAUCAGAUGCGAUGGAUUAGCGACCUUUCCCGAAGAAAUUCGUUACGCGGCAACGAGAACGUCCAGUCGCCGACAAGAAAAACCCUACCUCUGGAUGAGGCGCCUAUGCAAUGCUCAACAGCGCGUACAAUCAAUAAUUUGUCGAUGGAGACUGGCCCACUGCCCAGAAUUAAGCGACUUCCAGAUCAAGAAGACGACAAUCCUCGAACCGACGAGCAGACACCACCUCUAAAUGGCCACGGAAGUGCGAGCAGCAUCGAGAAGAUCAAGAAGAUCUUCAUGUUUUUUGAACCUAAAGGUUGCCUUAAGGAACGCGACGAUUAUUCGCUCUAUCUUUUUCCACCAAACAACAGAUUUCGUAUGCUGUGUCGGUGGUUCGUUGACCAGAGAUGGUUCGACAACGUGGUCCUUUUUUUUAUCGGUCUCAACUGUAUUACCCUGGCAAUGGAACGGCCAAAUAUACCACCCGAUAGCGGAGAAAGACUUUUUCUAUCAACUGCGAACUACAUUUUUACCGGAGUAUUUGCUAUCGAGAUGUUUAUCAAGGUUGUAGCAUCUGGUAUGUUUUAUGGCUCGGACGCUUAUUUCACUUCAGGGUGGAACAUUAUGGACGGAGUUCUUGUGAUUAUUUCUAUCAUCGAUUUAUCAAUGUCCCUACUUUCAUCGAGUAGCCCGAGAAUAUUUGGAAUAUUGAGGGUUUUUAGACUUUUAAGAUCACUGCGACCAUUACGAGUUAUCAAUCGGGCCCCUGGUUUGAAACUGGUUGUUCAGACAUUGUUAUCCUCUUUACGACCUAUCGGCAACAUCGUUUUGAUAUGCUGUACUUUUUUCGUAAUCUUUGGUAUCUUGGGCGUGCAGCUCUUCAAGGGUGCCUUUUAUUAUUGCGAAGGGCCUGAUAUAAAAAACGUGCGCAAUAAAACGGACUGCCUGGCCGACAAGCGAAACGUUUGGCUGAAUAGAAAGUAUAAUUUCGAUGACCUUGGGAAAGCCUUGAUGUCGUUGUUCGUGUUGUCUUCGAGGGAUGGGUGGGUGAACAUCAUGUAUACCGGACUUGAUGCUGUCGGUGUCGAUCAACAGCCGAUCGAGAAUUACUCCGAGUGGCGACUGCUGUAUUUCAUAGCGUUCAUAUUGCUGGUGGGUUUUUUUGUGCUCAAUAUGUUCGUGGGUGUGGUGGUGGAGAAUUUUCAUAGGUGUCGUGAAGAGCAGGAGAAAGAGGAACGCGUGAGAAGAGCUGCUAAACGUGCACUGCAAAUGGAGAAGAAACGUCGAAAAAUGCACGAACCGCCAUAUUACACAAACUACUCGAAAUCCAGACUGUUCGUUCACAACGUCGUAACAUCCAAGUAUUUCGACCUAGCAAUCGCUGCAGUGAUAGGCCUGAACGUUGUCACAAUGGCGAUGGAGUUUUACAUGAUGCCGAAGGCUCUGACCUACGCCCUCAAAAUAUUCAAUUACUUCUUCACGGCGGUCUUCAUUCUGGAAUCGUUCAUGAAACUUCUUGCACUGGGUUUACACCUUUACCUCAAGGACAAAUGGAACCAGUUGGACGUAGGAAUAGUGAUACUCUCCGUAGUCGGCAUAGUCCUCGAAGAAGUCGAGUCGAAGAUCAUCCCGAUCAAUCCUACCAUAAUUCGCGUGAUGCGAGUUCUACGAAUCGCUAGAGUUCUAAAGUUACUAAAGAUGGCGAAAGGAAUACGAGCCCUAUUAGACACGGUGAUGCAGGCGUUACCUCAGGUCGGAAACUUGGGUCUACUAUUUUUUCUGCUUUUCUUCAUAUUCGCUGCCCUGGGUGUGGAACUGUUUGGUCGUUUAGAAUGCAACGACGAAAUGCCCUGUCAAGGACUCGGCGAACACGCACACUUCAGUAACUUCGGAAUGGCGUUUUUGACACUUUUUCGGGUAGCCACCGGCGAUAAUUGGAACGGGAUCAUGAAGGACACUUUGAGGGACGAUUGCGACGAGGCGGCGGACUGCGUGAAGAAUUGUUGCGUGAGCACCAUCAUAGCCCCUAUAUUUUUCGUAAUUUUUGUGCUGAUGGCACAGUUCGUUCUCGUGAACGUCGUCGUUGCUGUGCUUAUGAAACACCUCGAGGAGAGCCAUAAACAGAUGGAGGAUGAACUCGACAUGGAAACCCAGUUAGAAAGAGAACUAGCCGCGGAGCAAGAAGAAUUAUUGGAAGUAGAAGAGGAAGAGGAAGAGGACGAGACGGUGAAACGUGAAAGAACAAGCGAUGGCGGUGCAGAGGAAGAUGACGACGCGAGAGAACGCGAGUCAAUUUUAGUGACAAACGUGAAGAUAUCCACUAGCAGACCCGGUCUCGCAAAAGUUCGUUCCUUACCUGCGAAUUUUAUUUAUAAUCCGCCACGAAAGGGGAGCGCGGAUGAUGGAACAAUAUCUGCGUCACUGUCGCGUCGCAGCUCGUAUCAUCGUUCCAAUUCAAGACCGUCCAAGUUCAAAUCAAAACGUCGACAAACGUUUCAUUCGGGGCAUCAUCAACAGAGGUCCUUACUGCCGAUGCAUUUUGAGGUUGUCGAAGUUUUCGAGAAGUCUAUGAGCAAUCUAAGCGUGCCUCGAAUUAUUUCUCAACGGAAUUACGAUGCAGUGAAUCGUGACACCAAUCACGCCCAACGCAAAAGGCUACAGGCAACCAGCGACGUGCUCGAGAACAAGUCGCUGUUGAGCGUGAAGAAGCCACCAGCAAGUUCUUCUUCCCCGGUGACACCGACCGGGUCGGUAACCACCCUGACCUGUCCCAAACCGAGCAGCGAACGUUAUCUUUUACCAACGGCUAACAUAUACCCGUCCAAGGCAACGUUAUGCCGCAGGGCAUCCAGCGACACGCAAUCGCAGUCCGACACGAACGUGAGCGUCGCCAGCAACGUUUCGAGAGCCCCGAGCGUGGUGAACAGUUACGCCGAGAGCGAAAUAACGAAGAGACCCGAAGAAACAAGGAUCAGAAACGAGAGACGGGUAUCCGCGCCACCGAUGGACGAUCUCGACGUGCAAUCCAUCAUUAACGAAAGGAGACCGUCCAAGCUGAAGAGCGGCAGUUCGACGGGGAUGUCGAGCAGCGAUCAGUACGGUUCGUCGGUUCAGAUCGGUAGUUACGGGCACGUUUUAGUGGCUGAGGACAAGUCCGAGGAGAUGUCGUCUAGCGACACUCUGGUCAAAAGCGGGAGCGGAAGUAGUGCCGUGGUGCACAUACCCGACACCAUCGACUCAGACGUUAGGAUAUACGUGGACGACACGGAUUCCACGAGCAGCAACGGCCAUCGCAAAAAACGAAACGACGAAGCGGCGGAAUCGUCGACCGCCAUUUCCCCGGCGACCGCGGUACAAGAUGGCGCCGACGGGACGCGCGAAACGGAGGAGAAAGCCUCCACGACUCCGUCGGAUCCCUCUUAAUCCAGAAGCGAUCGAAGCUUCGUUCACCAACAGAAGUAUUGAUUUCCGUGCAAUUCGCUAGCCAAUGCCAUGGUAUCCACGGCGAUGUACCAUGGAGUGUGCUGCUACGAGGGUUCAAUAUUGGGCUCUAAGAAAGACUGUAGUGCAUGACAAUAUAGUCGUUAUAUUCUAGUCACUUCGCCGCCGUGAACUUGCCAAAAUGGAAGGAAAGGGCCGAUUAUGGCUAGAAAGUAGGGAGACGAUGAUGCGCUCUCGAGUUAGCAGAGUAAUAAUUAACAAGUAAAUUUAAUUACGUGAACGGCCCUGCGCCGUCACGGGGGGCGCGGUAAAAGUAUAACGCGGUUAAAAAUAAAAAAAACCUAUGACAAUCUAUUAUUGCCAUCGGAACCUCGCGUUCCGUUAAAACAAAAAAAAGCGUCGUGGAAGUCGAUUCGUAGGAAUUGGUAGAACGGAAGAACGACGUAGUCUGCGUCGAUAAUUAGGGGAUUCAGUAGGUCUUAGAUAAGAGAUGAUUUUCGCUGGAUUUCUGAACUGUCACUUUCGAUUUAACUGACGUGAUAGCUGUAUUUUGCAAAGAGAAUUUGCAAAGGACACAAUUUGAUGAAAGUCUUUAGCGUCAUUUCCUACGUUACCGACGUGCCGCAUGCCAGUAUGGCCGUCAAAGUAUUACUGCAUAAUUUUGAUAGCACUAUGAAUUUUUAUGUUAUGUAUGACGCAGAUUAUACUUGGUUAUGUUGUACAAGUGUACAGAGGUUUAAAAAAGGAUUCAAUUAGGCGAAUUGUCCUCAGCAUAAUAUUAGAGGCUGUAUCGUUAUAGAGGACACAGUUUGAAAAAUCUUAGAUAUUAUAUCAGUUUUCUUAUCAAAUUUUGUAUCAUAAUAAAAGUAUGACUUUUUUAAAAUGACAGAGUGUCGGUAAGGUAGGGACUGAUAUAAAAAUGGUAACAAAAUUUGAGAACACUAAAAUCAGGUAUAAAUUUUUCUCUGCAAAAUGAAGAUAUCGUGUUAGGGAAAUUGAAGGUAACAGGGAAGUGCAGCCGAAAUUCUAUGCGUCAACUGCAAUCAAUCGGACCACACUUUCUCGCCUUUCCUUUUUCUUCAGCUCGACGAUGUACACAUUGUAAACACACACGUGUCGUUCGCAGGAAAGUUUCGAGAGCCGCGGUGGGUCGUGGUAGCUCUCUAAAGAGGAACGUGCCAAACGAUGCGAAAAAAAGGUUAAUUACCGAAGUGCCAGAAAAUCUAGAUAAAACUUUCGGAGAUAAAAAAAAAACGUAGCUGUAGUCUUCGCAGUGAUUGCGGAACAAAGAACAAAAUGGUCGACACUAGACGUAAGAGCUUCGGGGCCGAUCGGACGGUUCGAAUGAUCGAACGUAUAUUGUUACGAUCGGGCUAAAAGUAAUAAAUAUAGCCGGUUUAUAGACUAGUCGAUUAACGAUACGGUAUUUUUGUCACCUCUUUCUCGACUCUAGCUCGGAGCUUCAAGUAAAUACGAUUAGGGACUUAAGACUAAUCCGACGUUGUGAUAAUCUUUAAUACAAAUUGAAACUCGUACAAUCGUAUCUCUCUAUGUCAAUUGGUUUCACUCGACUCGAGUUCUCCCGGAAAGCUAUGUCGAGCCAGCUGCUGUGUACUUCCGAAUGAUCCUGCGGCGACCAACGAUCCUCUAAAACGGCUAGGAGCUAACCUAACAUCCUCCUCGUUUCUCUUCGUUAUUCUCUGUCCCUAUCUCUGUCUCUCUCUUUCUCGCGCGCGCGUUCUAGAACGUUCUUCUCGUUAACAUCUGUGAUAUACUUUAAUCGUAGUAUAUUUCCUAUAAAAAAAAAUACGGCAACAACAACAAACAAAACAUCUAAGGAAACAGCGACGACAAGCAAGAGAUAUAAAAAAAAUAACAGUUAGGAAAAAAAGAGGUAGUAGCUGACUUUUUAAUAAAAAAACUGACAAAAAAACGAAGACAUGUGUGAGGCUCUGAGUAUAGUGAAAAGCAACAAAUAUAUACACGUAUAUAUACAUAAAUAUAUAUAUAUAUAUAUAUAUAUAAAUAGAAAACUCUACUGUACAUACAUACACUUAUGAAUAUUCUAUACUAUACACUCGGUGUGGUUUAUUUUGAUACUACCGCGUGCGGUAAUAUUUAAUGAUUGUCGAGGAUAAGUUCAACAUACUGAAAUGAUGAAAUGUUAACAUGUUAACGAUUCUAUGCCUUCUGACGUUGACGAACGUUGACGAACCUUCGUGCGGUUGUGGUGCCCGCACUUUGAGCGGUGUAUGCCCGCGGGCGUAGGAUACUUCUGGACGGGGGAGAAUUGCUGGAGUAAUUUGGGGAAUUUCACAUUUCUAAAUUCUUAAGUUCCUACAUUCUCAAA